UAUCGGUUAUACUUAUUGGUUUUGUUCAUAUGAUGAAGUCUGUGUUGUGCGUUUUUAUCACUGCCAUGAUCGCGCUACCGCCGGCCGAAUGUCUCAAGAGGACCUAUUAUAUUGGCAUAAGAGAGGAAGACUGGAAUUACGCACCGACCGGCCGAAACCUUAUCAAUGGGCGAAGUACUGAGCAAGAUGAAUAAGUAAUUACACAUUUUUACCAACAUGCAUCGUUUUUUUUGUCAAAUGGCCCUACAUGGAUAGGGAGUGUUUACAAAAAGGCUUUGUACAGACAGUACACAGAUGAGUCCUAUUCCACAGAGAUACCUAAACCACAUUGGCUCGGCUUCCUCGGACCCAUUUUAAGGGCUGAGGUCGGUGAUGUCAUUGUGGUGCACAUGAAGAACUUCGCAAGCAGACCUUAUUCUCUCCACCCUCAUGGAGUGUUCUAUGAGAAGAAUUCAGAAGGAGCGUUGUAUCCUGAUGGCACCACUGGUCGUGAUAAGAGCGAUGAUGCGGUGGCUCCAGGUGAGAGUGUCAAACCAGAGUACGCUCCUACUGAAGCAGAUGCCAGCUGUCUCACCUGGAUUUACCAUUCACAUGGAGAUGCACCAAAAGACAUUGCAUCAGGACUAAUAGGAGCUCUGCUCACCUGCAAACAAGGCACUCUGGACUCUAGACAAAAGCGUUCUGAUGUGGAUAAAGAUUUAAUUCUCAUGUUCAGUGUCGUGGAUGAGAACCUGAGCUGGUACUUGAAAGAGAAUGUUGAAAAGUUCUGCUCUGAUCCAGAUAAAACAAAACAACUUAUGUAUGACGUAGAUGAGGAGUUCAGAGAGUCCAACCUCAUGCACUCAAUCAAUGGAUAUGUUUAUGGAAAUUUGCCUGCACUGAAGGUGUGUGUCGGACGUCCUGUGUCUUGGCAUCUCUUCGGCAUUGGUAAUGAGGUGGACAUUCAUUCGGCUUAUUUCCAUGGACACACCCUCAUGGAUCGCAUGCACCGCACAGAUGUUCUUAGUCUGUUUCCUGCCACUUCUGUCACUGCAACAAUGAUCCCCAGAACAGAAGGAAAAUGGUUGUUAAGUUGCCAAGUCAAUGAUCAUGUACACUCAGGUAUGCAGAGUUUCUAUGAGGUCUUGGCCUGUGGGUCCUCAGCCUCUCCAACAGAGACCCCUGGCAAAGAGAGGCAUUUCUACAUCGCUGCUGAGGAGAUGGUCUGGUACUACGCCCCUUCAGGGGUGAACUACAUGACAGAUGCAAGCCUUACUGAUGACAGUGACUCUGAAUCGUACUUUAGUCGUGAUGGUGGUAAACUGGGUGGAAAAUACCUGAAGGCCAGAUACAUUUCAUACACCGAUGAUACAUUUACUACCAAAACACAUAUUGCGGGCUCAGAUGUGCAUCUUGGAAUUCUGGGUCCCGUCAUCAGAGCAGAGGCUGGUGAUGUUAUCAUUGUGACAUUCCAUAACAGAGCUACACGUGACUACAGCAUUCAGCCACAUGGUUUACAUUAUGAAAAGGCCUAUGAAGGAGCGAAGUAUCAGGAUGGUACUCAGAAACCUGGUGUCUCUGUGGCUCCUGGUGAAAAGUUUGUCUAUCGUUGGAGAGUAAUUGAAGGUCCCUCCAGCAGUGAUCCUGCUUGUCUUUCAUACUUGUACUAUUCUGCUGUUGAUCCUGUUCGGGACACUAACUCUCGGGUUUAUUUGGGGCCCAUACAAGUGUGCAAGAAAGGUGUUCUCGAUGGAAGUGGCCAUCAGUAUGCCAACAAAAUUCAGCAUGAGUUUUUUCUGCUGUUCUCUGUGAUGGAUGAGAAUGAAAACUGGUAUCUGGAAAAGAACAUUGAAGAGUUUGGCAGCAGUGAUUUAAGUGUCCCAGCUAAUGAAGAGUUUCAGGAGAGCAAUAAGAUGCACGCGGUGAACGGCUACAUGUAUGGAAACCUGCCUGGUCUGGACUUGUGUAACGGGGAACACACUAUGUGGCACAUACUUGGUUUGGGCACUGAGGUGGAUAUCUACGGGAUCUAUUUCGAGGGUAACACGUUUCAACGAGACGGGAUGAACCGUGACACUCUCAGUGUUUUCCCACAUACCACAGUGACUGUUAGCAUGACCCCCCGACACUCAGGCCAGUUUGAGCUGAGCUGUCUUACGGGUGAUCACUAUCAAGCUGGCAUGCGUCAGCAUUAUGAAGUCAAGUCCUGUUCAGCAAAGACUCCUGCAGCAGAACAUUUCACCUCCACAGUACGGUACUACAUAGCAGCAGAGGAAGUUGAGUGGAAUUAUGCCCCAGACCAAAUAUGGGAAUUAAAGAAAUACAAAACUAUACUGAAAGAAAGCCCUGGAAGUAUUUACCUCAAACAAUCAGAAAAUCAGAUUGGUGCUAAAUAUAAGAAGGUGGUGUUUUGUGAAUACACAGAUGAAUCAUUUACCAGAAGGAAACCCAGGAUUCCAGAGGAAGAACACUUGGAAAUAAUGGGACCCAUCAUUAGAGCUGAGGUUGGUGAGAGGAUCCAAGUUGUGUUUAAAAAUAAAGCCAGCAUGACUUAUUCUAUUCAUGCCCAUGGAGUGAAGACCAGUAAAACCCAUCAAAAUGGUGUUCAGCCAGGUGAUAUGCUGACUUACAGCUGGACCAUUCCAACACGAUCAGGUCCAGGUCCCAAAGAUCCAAACUGUAUAACGUAUGCCUACUACUCCUCUGUCAGCUUAGUUGAGGAUUUGAUGAGCGGUUUGGUGGGUCCACUGAUAGUGUGCCGCAAAAACACCCUGAACACCAACAGACAUAGAAAAGACAUUGAUAAAGAAUUUGCCCUCCUUUUUAUGGUGUUUGAUGAGAAUAUGUCUCAUUACCUGGAUGAAAACAUAAAAACGUACCUCAACACAGACCCAGAAAAAUUUGACAAAUAUGAUGGGGACUUUAUGGAGAGCAACAAAAUGCAUGGUAUUAACGGGAAGUUGUAUGCUAACCUCCAUGGGUUAAAUAUGACAGAGAAUGACAAGACUGAGUGGUAUUUGAUAGGACUGGGGAAUGAAGUGGACAUGCACACUGUUCAUUUCCAUGCUCAAAGCUUCAUUUACAGAAUGGAUCAUCCUCAUCGUGCUGGUGUAUACGGCCUGUUCCCAGGAACAUUUCAGACCAUAGAAAUGACUGCAGGAAGUCCUGGACAGUGGCUGCUUCACUGCCAUGUGACCGACCACAUCUAUGCGGGCAUGGAGACGCUAGUCACUGUUUAUCCGAAAGGGUCAUCAAGCAGAGAUGGGACACAUCCAGACAGUGCUUUCAGACAUUUUGGAAGCCUGUCUACUGUGAUAUCAUGUCUCUUUGGAUUGGUUCUGUUACACUUUGUAUCAGACUAAAAAAAUAUUGAAGUAUCAAUGAACCCAACAGAAUGGAUAUUUAUUGCUGCGAAGUGUUGUCUCACUCUAAAGCUGUUAGGAAAACUUCUCAGCUUUUAAAAGGAAACAGCUAUUGAAAAUAGCUUCAAGCAGCAAUGACAGGCCCAAGCCUCAGUGGCACCACAACCCCGGUGGCUUCAGGAAAACUGCACAGUAGGCAAAUGCACUUUAAAGCUGUCAGUCUGGCUGUUGAGUUACAGCAAUGAAAGGGUUACUGUGGGAUAGCAAGAGUGUGAAAGAUACACACACAAAAAGAGAACGAUAUAUAAAACUGUCAUCUAUAAAAUGUUUUAAUGAUCUAUAAGCAUUUGUAAAAUGAUUAUAUAAAACUGUAUUGACAGUACAGUACAGUAGAGCUGUUUCUAUGCAUUUAUUUGUUAUUUUAACUCAUAAAAACAGAAAAGAUUAGGCCUAUAAUUAUGUAUUACAGUAUUACAGCCUUCAGCAAUCAGCUGAAUUCAUGAAAUUCUAAACAUAGUUAACUGCCUCAAAAACACCGGAAAAGAAUUAAAGUUUGAUGCGUUGACAUGGCAACAGUAUUUAAGACUGAAUUAUUUUAAGACUGUGAAUUAUUUUUUCACUAUCUUCAACUGGAAUGUUACCAUGACAAUGGCAUCUAUCAUACAACAGGAAUCUCUUUUUAUUGCUGUUAAUUGUUGCAAAUAAGUAAGAGACAAAGGUUGUUUGGAAUUUACCCCAGAUUUUGCAGUUUACACUAAUGAUGUAUUAGAUGAAGCAGACAUUAAAAAGUGCAGUGCUGGGCUGUUGAGGACAGGUUUGAGCACCAGGGAAACAGUUGAUCGAAUUAAUCCCAACAAGUAAGACAUAAUGAAUCCUUAGCUGAGGUAGGAUUAUAAACAAAAUACAUCAGAUGUACCUGCAGCAGAAUUGCAGUCUUUCAGAUCCUUUCAAAUUCCACACCUGUGGAAUGCACUGAUGGUGGCCACAACUGCAUCUGCCACCUUA